AUGCAUCACCAACCUCACGGAAGACUCUAUUCCUCUCGAAUUACCAACAACACGGACACUCCUACCAGUGUCACUGCCUUCUAUCGAAGUGAAGAUGGAUCCUACGAAGAGGAAAUUACUCACUUUCUGCCACGUUUCAAAUCUCAUACCUUUGGACCCAAACUUCACGGUAAUGAGAAAUUGAGAAUUGCUCGUUUGGAUAUUUCUGACUCGAAUAAGAGAACCAAACAAUUCUUGGAACCAUUCGUGGCACAAGAUAAGGAAAAGAUUGAUUUUAAUUUACAUGUUCCAUUUGAUGAUCUUGUAUUGAGUCAAGCAGAAGGAGGCUAUCGUACACACGUGGAUGAGCAUCCCUUGCCACACAAGUCUAAAACUGGAGUGUAA